AUGGCGACGAUUACUGUUCCGGCACAAGUUCCUCCCGUCUCCGACGACGUUGAGGAGCUCCAUAAAGCUUUUGAAGGAUGGGGAACAAAUGAGGGUGCGAUCAUUUCAAUUUUGGCUCAUAGAAAUGCUGAUCAACGUAAGCUUAUUCGACAUGCUUAUGCUCAGGCUCACAACCAAGAUCUCCUUAAAGCACUCGAAAAGGAACUUACAAGAGAUUUCGAGAGGCUUGUUCUGCUCUGGAUACUUGAUCCGCCUGAACGUGAUGCGGUUUUGGCGAAUGAAGCAUCAAAGAAGUUUAGUACAAGUGACAGAGCUCUUGUUGAAAUAGCUUGUACCAGGUCUUCACGGGAUCUGCAUCUAGCAAGGCAAGCUUAUCAUAUUAAAUAUCAGAAAUCCAUUGAAGAAGAUGUCGCAUCCCACACAACUGGAGACUUCAGGAAGCUGUUGUGGCCUCUGGUGACAAGCUACAGGUAUGAAGGGGAUGAGGUGGACAUGAGUCUUGCAAAAACAGAAGCCAAAUUACUCCAUGAUAAAAUCUCCGAAAAAUGUUAUAACGACGAUGAUUUCAUCCGAAUUAUCACCACCCGAAGCAAAGCGCAGAUCAAUGCAACCCUCAAUCAGUACAAAAACGAUUUUGGACAAGAUAUUAACAAGGAUUUGAAAGCGGAUCCAAAAGAUGAGUUCCUAGCGAUGUUAAGAGCGACAAUAAAGUCGUUAACGAAUCCUGCAAAGUACUUCGAGAAAGUGCUAAGGCUUGCAAUGAACAGACAAGGGACGGAUGAGGGUGCACUCACAAGGGUUGUGGCUACACGAGCCGAAUUCGACAUGAAAACCAUAAAAGAAGAAUAUCAAAAGAGGAGCAGUGUCUCCUUGGAUUCAGCGAUCGCUAAAGAUACAAGAGGAGACUACGAAGACAUGCUUCUGGCUCUCGUCGGUUCUACUGACGGUUAAGAAACGAGCGUGGGUGAGAUGGUUACGGUUCGAUGAUUUCGAGGUUAUUCGUCUUUUGUGGUUUAUGUGUUGUCUUAUUCACAUAUGCAUAUAUAUGAUCAUAAAUAAAUAAUCAUACAUUCU